AUGUCGUCCACUCAAGUGUUACGGCAUCGCGCCUUGGGCAACCCCCACACACCUCUACUACGACCUUCUCAACGCUUGAGAUACCAGACCUCACGACCGUUUUCAUCAUCUCGCCCCUCGCACGCUCCCUUUGGCACACGCCUUCGAAAUGCCCUGCGCGAUACAAAGGUCGUCUGGAAACCCAUUCCUGUCGGCCUCGGUAUCGCCUUCCUCGGUGGUCUCCAAUUCUACCGUACUCAGGCUCGCCAGAACGAAGAGGAGAAGGCUCGCCGACAGGCCGAACUCGAAGAUGGAGGAAAUGUCCCUAAAAGACAGCGCAUAAGACCUUCGGGCCCCUGGCAGGUCCAGAUCAUGUCUACUCUGCCUCUGAAGGCCAUGUCGCGUAUCUGGGGUCGCUUCAACGAGCUCGAGAUCCCAUACUACCUCCGCGUGCCAGGCUUCAAGCUGUACGGCUGGAUCUUCGGUGUCAAUUUUGACGAAAUCAACGAGCCCGACCUCCACGUCUUCCCCAACCUGGCCUCCUUCUUCUACCGCACACUCAAGCCUGGCGCUCGCCCUCUCGAUCCCAACCCCAACGCUCUCCUUAGUCCUGCAGACGGCAAAGUCAUCCAGUUCGGUACCAUCGAUAACGGCGAGGUCGAACAAGUCAAAGGCGUAACCUACUCUCUCGACGCUCUGCUCGGCUCGCAAAAGCCCACUCGCGCCACUGCGAACCCACAACCCAGCAAAGAUCGUUCAAAGUCAGCAGACCAGGAGAUCAUCCGUGCAGACGAGGAAUUUGCUCAGAUAAACGGCAUCUCGUACACCCUACCCAAUCUGUUCUCCAACCCCAAGACUGGUAAAGGCACCCCCAAGACUUCUACCGAAGAUCAGUCGACUCCCGCAAGAGCCAGCUCCGAGCAAGAAGUCCGCGACUCGCUCGCUCUGGGCGACGGCGGCGGUGCACAAGACAACUGGUGGCAACCCGUCUCCACCGCAGCCAGACCCACAGCUCUCUACUACGCAGUCAUCUACCUCGCCCCUGGCGACUACCACCGCUUCCACUCUCCUUGCUCAUGGGUCGUCGAGUCCCGCCGUCACUUUGCCGGUGAACUCUUUUCCGUAUCCCCUUACCUCCAACGCACUCUCCCCGGCCUCUUUACCCUCAAUGAGCGCGUCGUCCUUCUAGGUCGCUGGCGCUACGGUUUCUUCUCUUACACUCCCGUAGGAGCCACAAACGUCGGCUCCAUCAAGAUAAACUUCGACAAGGAACUCCGCACAAACUCCCUCACCACAGACACAGCAGCCGAUCGCGCAGCUGCCAUCGCAGUAGAGAAGGGUGAGCCUUACUCUGGAUUUGCAGAAGCUACCUACAAUAACGCUUCUCAAUUACUGCAUGGCCAACCCCUGCAGCGCGGAGAGGAAAUGGGCGGUUUCCAACUUGGCAGCACAAUUGUCUUGGUCUUUGAGGCUCCCAAGGGCAGAAGACCUUCCUUUGACGAAGGAUGGGGUGAGGCGAGUGGUACUUCAGAGGAUAGAAGGGGUGGUUGGAGAUGGAAUAUCAAGCCUGGGCAAUAUGUACAGGUUGGUCAAGCCAUUGGUUGGGUGCGUGAUGAACAAUCAAAGCAAGAGUAG